AUGCUGUGCCGUCUUCCUACCAUCGCAUCUGCCACCCACUCCCCUUGUCCCUUUUCUCUUCUCCGGGGCAAUUCUGCAUCCACUCAAACUCGACCUCCUCUCGCCCCCUUCUCCUUCCUCCUGCAGGUGUAUUCGUUCCUCACCACCUUCGCGGACACGCUCGCCCUCUGGCCCUUCUCCCUGCACCACCUCGCGCACGCGCUCCACCUCCCUGCGCCAUCUUGCAACUCUUACACCACACCUGCUUCGUGCAAGCCCAGCAAGUUCCAGUGUGUCGACCCUGCAGUGGCUGCGCUUCUGCAGCAAUGCUGUUCGCAUGCCACUGCUUGCCCUCUCUGCUCCCCAAACUCAUGCUCCCUCAUCUCGCUCGCUCCCUUGCUGACUCGCAUCCCUUCCUGCAUCCCCAUACGUUCCCCUCUUCUUCUCCUUCCGAUCGCAUCCCUCCCUCCUCUGUCAUGCGCCACUCACGUCUCCUCUCCCGCCUCGCCCGUCACGCCAUCAGGAGUCGCGCCUGCUGACGGAGAUCCAUCUCUCGCUCAUGCGAGUGCUGCUCGUCGACACCGCCCCACCCCUCGCAAACCCACCAAAGGCACAGAUGCGCUCACGGGCGUAGAUGUAGGUGCAGCUGGUGGCAGGGGAGCAGAGGGAGCUGGGGGGGGUGCAGCGCGGACAGCGGGCAUGGCAGCAGCGGUGGCGGAGGCAUUGGCAGCAGCAGUGGGCGGGUCCGACACCGCCAGGGCGCUCGUGCUGCACUCCGCUGCUGCUGUCGUGGCUCAGGCAAGCGAGUGGGGCUUCACGCCAAGCCUGUGGCGCCGCCUGCUGGGGCCGCUCACGUGGCCCGAGGUGCUGCGCCAGUACGCCCUUGCUGCCGCCUGGGGCCCUCCCCGCCCCCCUCCCCGGCGCCGCCACCACCGCCUUCACAGCCGUUGCUUCCGAGGGGCGCCCAUGCAUGGGAAGGCCUGUGCUGCGGGCGUUGGUGCGGGCGUUGGUGUGGGCGGCGACUGCAGCGAUGAGAGUGGUGACGAGGCUGCUGUCCAAGAAGCUCUCGUUGCUGACCUGGCAUCAGGCAGGGCAGCUGACGUGGCGGCAAAGCAGGCGUUGGAGGAGCAGCAGGCGUGGCGGGAGGAGCAGCGGCGGCAACUGCACGCACAGUACCUGGCAUACCUCGCUGCUGGCGGCGGCCGCUUCAGCGACGACGAGGAGGAUGAUGGCAAGCAGGAGGAGCGGCACACAGGGGCAUGGGCACGAGGAGUGGGGAAGGCAGGGGAAGGGGCAGCAAGUGCCGGAGGGGAUAGCAAGGGCAGUGUUGGUGCUGCCACCGACGCGAACCCUUUCCCCCCUGCCACUGCCUCUCCUCCGCCAAAGACCCUGCCAGCCCACAGCAGCAGCCCGCACGUGUCUCCAGUGCCGCGCAUGGUGGCACGGCUGGCGCCCGGCACGGUGAAGUUCGCGGCCUUCCACGUGCUGGCGUACGAGGGGCCAGCCGGGCUGCCCGUGACCGUGCUGGCGCACCGCAUCCAGCAGUGCGGGCUGAGAGACCUGUCUGGCAGCCGCACCCCUGAGGCUACCAUUACUGGUGCGCUGGCGAGAGAUCUGCUGUUCCAGCGCGUGGCCAGCUGCACCUACUGCGUGCGCGGGGCGUACAGGCGGGGCGAGGGGGAGCGAGAGGAGGGGCUGCGGGAGGCUGUUGAGCUUGUGCGACGCGCGGCUGAGGGGAGGCGAGGGGAGGAGGAGGGGGAUGAGGGAGAGGAGGAGGGAGACGAGAGAGAGGUGGAGGGAGAGGAUGGAGAGGAUGGAAAGGAGGUGGGUGGUGAGGGUGAGAAGGAGGUGGAGGGUGAGGAGAAGGAGGUGGAGAGUGAGGGUGUAGGUGAGGAGGAGGGUGGGGGAGGAAGGGAGGGCGCGGAAGAGGGUGGUGGGGCAGAGGAGGGAAGGCAGCAGAGUGGUGGGCAAGGGCAGGGCGAGCGGAUGGACGUGGAUGGGCCGCGUUGUGAGGGCCGUGGUGCAGGAGGUGGGGGCGGUGCAGGCAGCGAGGGCGGUGAACGCAGAGAGGGUGGUGAAUUGACUGGGCGGUGCAGGGCACCCGAGCAGAGCGGGCAGGACACCACAGAGGAAGGCAUGGCUGUGAAUGACAUGAUGGAUGCGCGACACGUGCGCGUGACGGGCGAGGGCUUGCAGGGCGAGAUGAUGGAAGGAGGGGUGGGCACGAGCACGAAUGUCAGGGGCGAUGAACCAGUGAGGGCGACGGUGACAGAUGCAGAGGAUGCACCCGGCUGUGCUGCUGCAAUCGGGCCUGGUCCUGCUGACACCAUGGUGCAUGGUGAGGCGAUGGGAGGCGACGGCAGUGUGGAGGUGGGCGGCGAUGUGCGGAUGGUGUGGUGUGAGGGAGUGCGGCUGGGGGAGGAGGAGGUGCAGGCGGUGGAUGGCAUGCAGGCAGGGCGUGGGACAGGCGAGGGAGGGGAGACGACUGGUGAUGAGAAACAGCAGCAGGGCAGGGGGGAGGAGGGUGGUGGUGCUGGUGGCAGCGGUGAUGAGAGCGAGUGGGAGUGGGAGUCUGAUGAGGAGUGCGAUGGAGAGGAGGAGGCAGAGGAAGUGGAGGGUGGGGAGGGAGAGGCAGGGCAGAGGAGGGCGUGGGUGGCGGCGCUGGGAGGGGUGGAGUACAGCGAGCUCAGUGUGGAGGAGCGGGUUGACCUGCUCGUUGACCUGGUCAACGCAGUCAACGACUCCUCCACCAUCCGCGCUGCCAUCGAGGCGCGGUACGAGGUGCAGUCAUCAUACCGGCGGCAGCGGUGGGUGGAGGCGUCGCUGCACCGCAGGAAGGGCGCCUGGCGGCCCCCCGCCCUCCACCCCGCCUCCCUGCCCCUGCGCUGCCCUCCCCACGCUGCUGCGAGUCCUUCUGGUGAUGCUGCACCUGAUGCUGCUGCUACGGCAGCUGGAGGCGAUGGUGGUGCUGCUGCAGCAGGAGCGGCCGCCACGUCUUCCCCACUCACUCAAGGCGCAGCACCCGCUGGGAACCAGGCGGUGGGAGCGGUGCUGCAGGCGUCGCUCUCUGAGGCUCCCCUACUGCUGCCGCCACCCCUGCUGGUCACACAGGGAGUGCCUCCAGAGGCAAGGGGGAGAGAUGAUGGUGGGGCGAGAGGGGAUUUGAGGGAGGAGGGGAAGCCAGUGGAGAGAGAGGAGAAAGAGGAGAAAGAGGAGAGUGGAAGGAGGGUGGAGGAGUGGCAAAGAAAGAGUGAAGGAGACGAAGCAACGGUGGCGAGGAGCAGUGAGGAUAAGGGGAUAAGGGCUUCUGAGACGCCUCAAAAAGCGGAGGCGAUGGGGACAGGAAAGCAUGCGGUGAAGCAAGAAGCGAGCGUGGUGGAGGAAUGUGAGGGGCGGGUACAUCGGGAAGGGGUAGUGGGAAGGAGGAGGGAUGGACGUGGCGAGGCAGAGGGGAUGGCGGGGUGCAGCAAGGAGGAGCAGAUGGACGAGGAAACCACAGAGGUGAGGAAAGAACAGCGGGAACGAGGGAAGAAGGAGGGGCUACAGGGAAAGCCGAGGAGUGAUGUGAAGGUGGAGGGGGAGGAGAAAGAGAGGUCAGAGGCAGGGAGGCAGUUGGCGGAGGAGGGGGUGACUCCAAUGUCCUGCGGGGUGGAGUUUGCAGAGGCGAGCUACAGCAUCCGCCAUGUGCCUUUGGGCUGCGACCGCCGCGCCCACUCCUACUGGUGCUUCCACCGCCUCCCCCUCUCCGCCACCGCUGCUGCUGCUGCUGCUGCUGCUGCUGCUGCUGCGCUCCCUGGGCACGAGGUGUGCCGCUGGCGAGGAUAUGGGGGAAGGAAAGAAGGGGACGAUGGGAGGCGGGGAGGAGAAAGUGGUGGUAGUGAUGGUAAUGGUGGGGGAGGUGGCAGGGGAGGGGAGCAGGCGAUGGUGGGGGUGUACGUGCUGUCAGCGGAGGGGCAGUGGAGCGCCAUUCGAGACGCCCAGUCACUGGCGCAUCUCAAGGCGCUGCUGUACCCGCGCGGUGUGAGGGAAUCCGCGCUGCUCUCCAACCUCCGCCACCACCUCUCUUCCCUCACUCCACCGCUCUGCACUGCUGCUAUACCCGGCACCACCACUGCACCGGCUGCUACCAUCACCACACCAGCUGCCACCACCAUUGCACCCCCAACAGCCUCUGCUGGUGCCCUUGAGUCGCCUCCUCCACCCCUCAUGUCGUCCGUGCCACCAGCCUCACCUCCCAUGCCACCCAACGCACCUGCCACUCCACCAGAAGCACUAGCCACCCCCUCCGAAACACCUGCCGUGCCGCCUAAACCACCCGUGGGUGACACAAAGGGGGAGGGUGCCAUGAUGCCGGCUGCACCAGCAAGCAGGGAAGCAGAUGCCACGCAACCUGUGCUUCCCCCUCCCCAUGCCCCUGCUGCCGCCACCAUCCAACCCGCCCAGGCGAAUGAAGGUGGCGCCAGGCUGGCAUGGCCACCCAUGCACACAUGUGAGCCCGUGCACAGCACUGCUCUCGCUCCACCUGCUCACACCCAGCACCACCUGAGAGCCACCCCUCCUGCACCACCCCUGCCCUCACCCUCUUGCGCUUUCCUCUCCGAGGAAGCUUCCUGGCUGCUUCGAUCCAUUGGGGAUGCAGAGGCCGGGCAGGAGGAGGAGGGGGGAGCAGCACUUUGUCAUGAUGUCACUGCUGGUGCUGAUGUGGCCACAGCACAGCGCGCUUCCCUGGGUGCUGAUGGCAGGGAUGCAGCAGUGGCAGUAGCAGCACCAGCGGCAGCGACAGCACCAGCGGCAGCAGCAGGUGCUGCUGUGGGCUGGGCAGGGUCAAAUGCGGUGGUGGCAUGUGGGGAGUGCAAACGUGUAGCAGAGGAAGGCACAGCAGGUGCAGCGAGUGGAGCAGCAGGAGUAGAGGGGGCAGGCAGGGAGGAGGGCUGUGGGGCGGCCAUCCCCCCCCGUGUGCGCCGCCUCCAACACUCCCUGCUGGCUGCCCAGGGGGCAUUGGAGGCGGGGGGCAAGCUGGCGGUGGAGUGGACGGGGGAGAGACGGCGCAGGUGGCGUGCAGCGGUGCACAUGGCGUGGCAUGCUGCACACCUGCUGCAGCUGCUGUGCCAGCUGGAGGCCGCCAUCCCCCCCACCUUCAUCCACGGCUCCUUCAGCCCCGCGCCAAAUGUCGCCCUACGAUUGGCUCUCAGGAUGCGAGGGAGUCGAGGUGAGCCCGCAGCUCAAGCUGGAAGGAGCGGAGGGGAGAGGGGCAAAGACGGGGACGAGAGGGGGAGUGGAGGAGAGAGCGGGAGGGAGGAGGGAGAGCGGGGUGAAGGCGGGACGGGGUGUGGUGAGGAGGCGAGGCAGGCGGGUGGUGGUGGUGGCGAGGUGGGGGAGAGGAGGAGCGGACAUGAGGGAAGGUGCUCGGCAGAGGAGGCAGUUGCUGUUGCUGUUCCAGACAGGGGGCAGACCAUUGCUGGUGCAGGCGGUGGGAUGGAGGAGGGCAAAUCCACAAGAGAGGGUCAGACGGACGUGGGUGAGGAGGGGAGGCAAGGGGGGAACGGCAGAGAAAGAGGUGGGAGGGAUGGCGAGCAGGCUGUAGCAGGGGGGUGGACACGGGCCCUUCCUUCCCUUGUUGCCAUGCCGCUGCCCACUGUGCCCCUCACGUGCGCUGCUGUCGCUCUGCGAUUGGCCGCCCUGGAGGCAGCUGUCCUGGGGGAUAGGCGAGGAGCUGGGGGGAGUGCGGGGACUUGGAAAGGGAAUGGUAGAGGGGUUGACGCAGGGCGUGACGGGGAGGUGGGAUGGUGGGUGCCUGAUGAAGCAAGGCGACUGGAGGGGGUGUGGUGGGAGCAGGUGGAGGGGGCGAGGAGAGAGGAGGCAGUUGAAGGGAUGGUGGACUGGGCGGAGUGGGAGGCGAGGGAGGUGGUGCGGCGCACGCAGGAAAGGGAGCGGGCGAAAGGGAAGGAGGAGAGGGAGAAGAGGGAGGGGAAGGUGAAGGAGAAAGGGAGAGGGAGAAUGCGAGAGGAAGGAAGAGUGAAGGGCGGGAGGGGUAAGAAGGGGGGAUGGGGUAGAGGGGUGGGUGAAGGGGGGGCGGGCAGAGGAUUGUGUAGGACGGGGCGGAAUGAGAAUGAGCGCUUGCACCGACUGAAGAAGAAAGGUGGGGUGAAGGUGCGUGCAGGGAAGAGAAAAUGGAAGGAGGUGGUUGAGGAGGCAGAGGAGGAGGAGGAAGAGGAGGAAGAGGAGCAGAAGCAAGAGGAGGAGGAAGACGAGGAAGAGGAGGAUUUGCAGGUGAAGCUUCGAGUGCGAACGAAGGGGCUGCGACGACACGUGAAGAAGAGACGGAUGGGUGCUGACGAAGGGGGUGUGAAGGACGAGAGUGGCACACAAGGCACAGAGGAGGGGCAGGAGGUGAAGCAGGGGAAGGUGAAGAAGAGGGAUGAAAAGAGGGGAAGCAGAGAUGCGCGAGUGCGGCACGGAGUGAAGACACAGGAGGGAGAGGAGGGGGUGAAGCCGCAGAUGGUAUCAACGGGAGCGAGGGCGGCCCGCAUGAGUGGGGGGGCAAGCAGGCGCGUGCAGCGGCCGCUGUCGGCCCGUGGCAGAGGUGCCGUGCGGCGUGUGGGACGGGAGCAGGAGGCGGAGGUGGAGGAGGGGGAGGGGGUGAAGGAGGAGGAGGACGGGGAGGAGGAUGAGGGGGAGGGGAGGAGGGAAGAGGGGCAGCAGCAGCGGGGGCAGCAGAAGGGCAGAGCGUCAAUGUCUCGACAGAAGCAGGCGAGCAAGGAGGAAGGCAGCGCAGCAGCAGCCACUUUGCGACUGCGGGCGUCCAUCAACCCACCCGCACCUGCACUUUGCUUCACACGUGCCAAGCCCCCUUGGUUCAGGAGGGCAGCCGGUGCCGGUGGUGGCGGCAGUGGGAGGCGCAGCGCUGCAGCGGUGGUUCAGUCUGGUGUUGAGUCGCACUCGCGCUCUCAACUUAGUCACCAUGCUGACCUCGCUGCUGCUGCUGCUCCUGCUGCCAAUGGCACUGGCUCGGCUCACAGCGACGAGGACAGCGAGGAGAGCCGUGGCAGCGACGACAGGGACAAGGGCAGUGAGAGCAGCAGCAGUGAGGAAGGCGGUGGUGAGGGGCAUCACAGUCGUGCACGCCCGCCGUCGCCAGCAGCAGUGAGUGCUCCCUCUCCUUCCCGCCCGCCACCGCGCAAGCGACCGCGCUCCCACCUCCCUGCACAUGCACAUGCCCUGUCUGCCCGAGGCUCUGCCGCUGCCGCUGCUACUGUGGUGAAGAUGGAGGCUCGGGCAGGGUUGCCGACAGGCUUGGAGGCAGGCUCGGGUGGAAGGGGUGGAGGUUCGGGAGGGAGGCAACGCGUGGUUGGAGCAGGUGGAGAUGGGAAGAGGGUGGGUGGUGGUCGGAGCAGGAGGCAGGUGAAGCAGGGGAAGCAGGAGAAGGAAGAGAAGGAAGAGGAGGAGGAGGAGAUGGAAGGGCGAGGUGGGGAGGAAGGGUUGGCAGGGAGAAGGACAACACGCAGGCAGGAGAGUUGGGGCAAUGGAACAGUGGAAGCUGAGCUACCGCAGAGAGGGAAGAAGGGGAGAGAGGGAGGGGCUAAGGCAGGUGGGGAGAAACGGAGAGGGGGAGGUGGAGGGGCGGGCACUGGUGGGGCGGGAGGAGAGGAUGAGAAGCAGGAGGAGCGGAGAGUUGAGACGGGAAGGCCGCGGAGAGAAGCGAGUUUGCGAGCCAGGAAGGCACAGGAAGAGAUGCUGCUGCGGGAGAGGGGCGGAGGGAUGGAGGGCGUGGAGGAGGAGAGGACAGGGAGAGGCGCAGUGAGAGGAGCGCGACGGAAUGCGACUAUCACUGGAGUGGAGAGGAAGGGGAAGGACAAGGGUGAGAGGAGCGUGGGGGGACGGGGCGGUGGGAGAGGCAGAGGCGAGGCAAGCGCAGCAGCAACGGCGGCAGGCGGCGAGGAGGGCAGCAAGCGAGCAUUCAACACGAGAGCGGCACGAGCAGCAGCGGGUGGCAGCGGUGGUGGCGGUGGGAGUGGAGAGCGCAGCAGGCGGGGUGUGAGGGGUGUGAGGCAUGGCAUGGGCGGUGGAGAGGCAGGGGACGCGCACCCUCUUGCCUCGCCUCAAGCACCCGCUUCUCCACCACCAACACACUCCCCUCAACCUUCCCACUCCCCUCGACCCGACUCCCCGCCAGCGAUUCUUUCAGGCUCGAGCAGUGAUGGCACGGGACAGGGUCGGGAGGACGAGAGGGGGGAUGGGGAGGAGACGGCAGGGCGGCAGCAUGAGGAACAGCAGGAGAGGACGGUGAAGGCAGUGCAGUCAGGCAGUGAGGACUCGUCAUACUACCUGGGGUCGCCGCUGCGCCUGGACGCCCCUCAGUGGCCCGCAUACCUUGACCCUUCCUCUGCUGACUCUGCUCCUCGCUUUCCUCCCUCUCACUGA